AUCAGCGAAACUCGAACCGGACCGGUAAAUUGAGCCGAGGGUCGCAGCGAUCUCGAAGAUGCCAUCGCUGGAAUCGCAUAAAUCGGCGGUCGACGGCGGCGAACUUGUUCAGAUCCAGAUCCGGUCCGUUUGGGCCGACAACCUCGACGCCGAAUUCGACCUCAUCCGUGAAGCCGUCGAGCGCUUCCCCUUCGCCGCCAUGGACACCGAAUUCCCCGGUGUGAUCCACCGCCCCCGGAAGCACCCGGCCGCCCUCACCGCCAACGAGCGCUACGCGGUCCUCAAGGCCAACGUCGACGCUCUCCACCUCAUCCAGGUCGGUCUCACCCUCUCCGACUCCGCCGGCAACCUCCCCGACCUCGGCGGCGGCGGAGAGACCCGCUAUCUCUGGGAGUUCAACUUCCGCGAUUUCGACCCCCUCCGCGACCUCCACGCCCCCGAGUCGAUCGAGCUCCUCGAGGCCAACGGGAUCGACUUCGAGAAGAACCGGGCGCGGGGGAUCGACUCCCGCCGCUUCGCCGAGCUGCUGAUGUCGUCCGGGCUGGUGUGCAACGACUCCGCCGUGGCGUGGGUGACCUUCCACAGCGCCUACGACUUCGGAUACCUGAUCAAGAUCCUCACCCGGCGGAAGCUGCCGAGGAAUCUCCGGGAGUUCAUGGGGCUGGUCAGGGUCUUCUUCGGGCACAGGGUGUUCGACAUGAAGCACAUGAUGAGGUACUGCGACAGCUUGUACGGCGGGCUGGAUCGGGUGGCGAGCACGCUCCGGGUGUGCCGGGCGGUGGGGCGGUGCCACCAGGCGGGGUCCGACAGUUUGCUAACUUGGCAGGCGUUCCGGCGGAUGAAGGAGCUCUUCUUCGUGGAGGACGACGGCGAGAAGCAUGCCGGAAUCCUCUUCGGCCUGGAAGCUCACUGAUACUUACUGUAAUUCAAUGAUAUUCAUAAUUCAUUAUAUUCUUAAGAAUUUUGUGUAUUCGAUCUAAUAAAUUAUCAGUAAAAAAAAUUGAAUCUGGUGAUGGUAA